UUAACUAAAAGUACAAUGCCUGGAGCAAAUUGUUCAAUAUAUGGUUGUACAACUUCUCGUUAUUCACACGAUAUAGCUAUAUUCAGUCUUCCUAAAGGUCAGGAUGACUGUAAUGUUGAAUGGAGAAGAAAAUUGAUUGAGAUUAUCACAAAAGAUCGUUUGAUUGAUUCAGCAUUAAGAAAACAAAUUGCCAGCGAAUCUUUACAUGUAUGCGAAAAGCAUUUUGAAGAUCACGAAGUUAAUAGAAAUUCAGCUAGAGCAAGACUUAUACCAGGAUCUUUACCUUCAAAAAAUUUACCAAAAAGGAGUGUUCAAACAUCUUGGUAAAAAUUUUAAAAAGAUAUAUUUUUUAAUUUUUCAUUUAAAAGUAGUUUUUUCUUUUUCCUUUUUUUAGUUCCUAGCAAUAUCAAAACUUCCAACAUUAAGUAUUGAGUUGAAAAAGGAUUGCUGCGAAAUUGACAAAGUUCAAAAUGAUGUACAUUCUUUUUAUAAAUCGUUUUCAGAAUUUGUAGAUUGUAUCAGCACCCUUAUGCUGGAAUCAUGGGAACUUGUUAUAUCAAAAGAUUUAGUCCAAGUUUUCAAAUUAGAUAAUAUUCACCUACAACCCCAAUAUGAAGUAUAUAUUCAACCUAGCCUAUUAUUUACAAUACGAUCUUUUGCUUGGAACUUACCAGAAAAGCAUGAGAUAUAUUCUAAUUAUAACAAAUCAGUUAAAAACAUUACUUUAUCGAAUAUUAUUAUUCUUUUAUCAACUUACUCAUUAUGUCAGGGUGUUGCCUCUGGUUCAAACAUUUUUAAAAAACAUAUUCUUACAAAGUUGUACAACCCAAGUGUUUCUUCAAUUACUACUUUUGAGACUGAAUUUAACAGGUCAACUUUGUGUUUGUUAUUGAUAAAAUCUGGUAAUAUUUGUAAUGAAUGUAAAACUUUGGAAUUGUCACAUAAUAAACAUCAUAAGGCUGUAAAACGUAAAGCUGAAACAAUCACAAAACCUGCUCAAUUGAAUGCCCCAAUCUCAUUAACUUCACCUGAUAGAAUUAAACUUACCUUGCAAAACUAUCAAUCUGAAAAUGCUUUUUUAAAACAAGAAUUAAAAAUUAUGCAAGAAGAAAUUCAAAAAAAAUCAUUUCAAGUAACCUCUGACCUUGAUGAUGAUAUGAAAAGUCUAAUGUCAAAUGCUUUUGAAAAAUAAUGUUUCACCAUUUAUGAAGUUCUUUUGGAAUGAGCAACAAAAAUACUUAUUAUCAAAUCCAACAUCUGUUCGAUAUCAUCCUAUGAUUAUACGGUAUUGCUUAAGUCUUUGUGCAAAGUCUCCUAGCGCAUAUGAGGAUAUUCGCUUUGAUAAAAAGUCUGGUACUGGUUUUCUUGUAUUACCAAGUCGUCGUCGUCUUCGUGACUACAAGAAUUGUAUUCAUCCUCAACGUGGUUUUGAUCCUGAUAUUGUAAAAGAGUUGAAAUCAAAAGUAAAAGAUUUUAGUGAAAUAGAAAAAUAUAUUGUAUUGUUAUUUGAUGAAAUUAAAAUUCAAGAAAAUCUUGUAUGGGAUAAACACACAGGAGAAAUUAUAGGAUUUGUUGACCUUGGUGAUAUUGAUUUAAACUAUGCAACUUUACAAAAGGGUGAUGCAGUUGCAACUCAUGUUCUAGUAUUUAUGAUACGCAGUAUAGUUAACCCUUUUAAGUUUACACUAGCUAAUUUUGCCACACUUGGAAUAU